UCAUAGAGGAGGGGUUUUGACGUUAUUUACGGGGUUGUGGAGCAUUUAAAAGCAGAAGACUUCCUGCUCAGCAGUUUAACCCACAACAGGUGUAAGAGCACGUUGGAUAAACCUGUUUGAGAACAUUGUGGUUUCAUCUUUGGCUUUGCAAUCAUGGGACUCAUUGGAGUUUCACAAAAUCUUCUGAUGUUCAUAUCAGUUCUGUCUCUAACCAGUGCAACAACAACACAACCAACAACAACAACAGCACUACCAACAACAAUAACAACACUACCAACAACAACAACACCACAAACAACAACAACACCACCAACAACAACAUAUCCACCAACAACAACAACACCACCACCAACAACAACAACAACACCACCACCAACAACAACAACAACAUAUCCACCAACAACAACAGCACCCUUCACAACAUCUGCUACAACUACAACUGGCAUUCAAUGGCCGGCAAUUUUCUAUCCAUUUGGCACGGCGGUCGGAGACGUUCAAACUCUUGUUGUUGGUGAUGAAACCUACGCUUCAGUAAACCUAGACAGUUCAUUUGUGUUUUUUGGCCGCGCGUACAACCUAAUAUAUGUCAACAAUAAUGGACUCCUUUCAUUCAGCCAAGCGAUACCAGAAGCACAUCCUUACAUUUUUCCUUCUGGAGGUGAAGAUUUAAUUGCUGCUCUCUGGACUGAACUGGAUGACUAUGGGCUUGGUGCGUACUACUAUCAGCAGUACACAUCUGGAAAUGUGCUGACACGAGCCACAGAAGAUAUCAAACGCUAUUAUCCUGGACUGAGCUUCAGCGCUACUUGGGUCUUUGUAGCAACUUGGGACUUUGUUGAAACUUGGGAUCCAAACACGUUUUCACAGCAUUUAGCCCCAUCAAUCUCGUUUCAAGCGGUUUUAAUUUCGGAUGGUGUCUCCUCCUUUAUUCUGAUGAACUAUGGUGACAUGAGUGUGAUAGGUUUUCCAGUGGAGGCUGGAUAUGACACAGUUGGCUCCACACAUUACUUUGUUGUUCCUAUGUCAAACGACAGCAACCUCAUCCCAAACCUCAAGUCCUCAAGUAAUGUAAACACUCCAGGCCGUUGGGCUUUCUCUGCAAAUCAAGGCAUUGUACAAUUUUCAGAGAUUUUCUAUCCAGUUGGUUUGGCAGCAGGAGAUGCACAAACUGUUGUUAUUGGCACUGAUGAUUACGUUCCAGUUUACCUGUCCAGUCCAUUUCCGUAUUUUGGUCGGCCAUACAGCCUGAUAUAUGUCAACAAUAAUGGACUCCUUUCAUUCAACCAACCAAUACCAGAAGCACAUCCUUACACUUUUCCUUCUGGAGGUGAAGAUUUAAUUGCUGCUCUAUGGACUGAACUGGAUGACUAUGGAUACGGUGAAUUUUACUAUCAUGAGUACACAUCUGGAAAUGUGCUGACACGAGCUACAGACGAUAUCAAACGCUAUUACCCUGGUCUGAGCUUCAACGCUACUUGGGUCUUUGUAGCAACUUGGGACUUUGUUCAAAGUUAUGAUGCCAAUGUAUUUUUACAUCACUCAACUUCAUCAAUCUCGUUUCAAGCGGUUUUAAUUUCGGAUGGUGUCUCCUCCUUUAUUCUGAUGAACUAUGGUGACAUGAGUGUGAUAGGUUUUCCAACAGAGGCUGGAUAUGACACAUUUGGCUCCACACAUUACUUUGUUGUUCCUAUGUCAAACGAUCCCAACCUCAUCCCCAACCUCAAGUCCACAAGUAAUGUAAACAAUCCAGGCCGUUGGGCUUUCUCUGCCAAUCAAGGCAUUGUACAAUUUUCAGAGAUUUUCUAUCCAGUUGGUUUGGCAGCUGGAGACGCACAAAUAAUCGAGGUUGGCAAUGAUGACUACGCUCAAGUUGGCCUGUUCAGUCCAUUUCCGUUUUUUGGGCGGACAUACAACCUGCUAUAUGUUAACAAUAAUGGACUAAUUUCAUUCAACCAACCGAUUCCAGAAGCAGACCCCCCUUCCAUUUUUCCAACUUAUGGAAAUCAAGAUAUAAUUGCUGCUCUCGUUACUGACCUCGAUGACUUUGGACUUGGUGCAUACUACUAUCAUGAGUACACAUCUGGAAAUGUGCUGACACGAGCCACAGAAGAUAUAAACCGGUAUUUCCCUGGUCAAAGCUUUAGUGCAUCUUGGGUCUUUGUAGCGACUUGGGACUAUGUAAACACUAUGGAUACAAAUGUAUUUUUACAUCAUUUGGCCCCAUCAAUCUCGUUUCAAGUGGUUUUAAUUUCGGAUGGUACCUCCUCCUUUAUUCUGAUGAACUAUGGUGAUAUCGAUGGGUUGGGAUAUGCAGUGGAGGCUGGUUAUGACACAAUAGGCUCCACACAUUACUUUGUCAUUCCUGGGUCAACCGAUUAUAACUUUGUCCCAUACCUCAAGAACACAACUAAUGUAAAUGUGCCAGGCCGUUGGGCCUUUAUGGUGAAUAAAGGAAAUGUGGUAGGACUUCAAAUGAAAGUCACCUCAUUUCUAGACCUAACCGAGAGUGGGAACCUUGCAUUUGUUAUGCAGAAACUGAAAGAUGAACUGGUCAUUCGCGGGGUGUCGACUGAUGUGCGGGUGACUGCACGCAAAGUCCAGAAAACAGAGCCCUAAAAUAACCCUCGUAUAAAGAAGCAAAUUAAAACAAUAAUCAAAGUCUCUUGACACCAGAUAUUCUUGCUGUUGUCAAACCAAUAAAGAGAAAAUGAAUGUGGCUCCACAACAUGCGGAACAUAUGUGCUCUCAACUCUUAAACUUUACAUAUAAAACACACAAACACACACUCAAUGCAUUGACACCACAUCU